CCCACUUUCCUAUUCAAACUAAAUUCAGUCAUGGUAAUAAAAAUUCCAAAAGGGUCACAAUUUUCUGCAAUCUCUGUCCUUUACGUAUUUGAAAGUGCCUUCUAUGACAAUUUUCCACCCUUUUCCUGUCUUCAACACUCCUGCCUUAUAUAAGAGAGAACAGAAGUGCGCAUUUCUAUCACUAAACCCAAGAAAACUCAACUCCUAUCCAUAUAUCUAUCCUUGCAAAAAGGAUCCUCACUUCGUGUACUUUAAGCACUACUUAUUUGCCAGCUUCAAGGUUGUGCAAAUGGUGACAACUGUAAGGCCUCUGGACUAUGAGUCAAAGGAGGCCGAGACCACCUUCAGAACAAUGAGCUUCAACAAGUGCAGAAACCUUGAUGACUUUUAUAAGCCUGAUGAGUUGGAUGAGGUUAUUACUGAGAAUACAAGCUCAAAGAGAAAGAAGGCCGGGAAUCUGAAGCUGCAAACCACAUUCUCCUUCAAAUAUCUACUUUCUGGUAAUUCUGAUUCAAAUGAGGAAGUUGAUGGCUUGUUCAAUGAACAAGGCCCCCCAUUUGUUUUUCCAGAAUCAGAAAUUUUGUUUUCAUCAAAGCCCGUUGGGGAGCUUGAUGUUGCUGCAAUCAAGCUGCAGAAGGUUUACAAGGGCUACAGAACCAGAAGAAAUCUUGCAGAUUGUGCAGUUGUCUGUGAGGAGCUAUGGUGGAGAGCCUUAGAUUUUGCUGCUCUUAGCAGGUGUUCCCCAUCAAAUUUUGACUCUGGUAAAUCAGAAUCAGCUAGUUCAAAAUGGGCAAGAGCUAGGACCAUGGCUGCUAAGGUGGGAAAAGGUUUGUGCAAAGAUGAUAAGGCGCAGAAAUUAGCUCUAAGACACUGGCUUGAAGCUAUUGAUCCACGUCACCGUUAUGGACACAAUCUGCACUUAUACUAUGAUGUUUGGUUUCAUAGCCAGAGUACACAACCUUUUUUCUACUGGUUGGACGUUGGAGAUGGGAAAGAAGUAAACCAUAAGGAGUGCCUAAGAAGUGAAUUGAAUAAGCAAUGCAUAAAGUAUCUUGGACCCAAAGAGAGGGAAGCCUAUGAAGUGGUUAUUGAGAAAGGAAGGCUAGUUUAUAAAAGGAGUCAGAACCUUGUUCACACUGAGGAGGGAUCUAAGUGGAUUUUUGUUCUCAGCUCUUCAAGAAUUUUGUAUGUUGGUGAGAAAAAGAAAGGCCAAUUUCAGCACUCAAGUUUUUUGGCUGGAGGUGCUACUAUUGCUUCUGGAAGAUUGGUUGCCCAACAUGGAGUUAUUGAUGCUAUAUGGCCCUACAGCGGUCAUUACUGUCCUACAAUGAAGAACUUUAGGGAAUUCAUUGCGUUCUUGAUUGAACAUGAUGUAGACUUGACCAAUGUAAAGAAGUAUGCAAUUGAUGAUGACAUUCCACCUUCAAAACCUGCUGAUGAGGAGCUACAGUUUGGAUCAAAAGUGGCUAGUUCAAGUGGCUUUACCAUUGCCAAAAGUGGCAGUGAAGAGAAUAUAGGUGAAUCUGGCAGCACCAAUAUGCAAACUUCAACAGUUAAAGAGAGGAAACCAUUGUCAAGAAAAUGGACAACUGGAGCUGGUCCUAGAAUUGGAUGUGUGAGAGAGUACCCUGCAAAACUCCAAGUUAAGGCACUUGAACAGCUGAAUAUAUCACCUAGAGUCAACCAUGGAAAAGUAGCAGCCAAAGCACCUAUUCCCUCACCAAGGCCUAGUCCAGAAAUCCACCUAUCUCCAAGACUUGUGCACAUGGGAAUUCCUAGUCCAUGAAUAGUUUGCACAAAUCACAUACCUCUUUUGGAUUCAAUGUUUAGAAUCUAAGAUAUAGAUCACACACACCAGACAGCAGCAUCUAACCCAUGAUUUAUUUUUUCAUUUAGUUUUUUUCUGUUUUGGCCAUAUCUUUUGGUCAUUCAGCUUAAGGAGAAUCAAUUUUUUACACCUCAUUUCUUUUACCCAAUUGUAUUUUAUGAGUUGGGUCAAUCUUGCCUGGUUGUAAGUCAAAUACCAUUUUUCAAAAAGAAUUUCUUUACACUUUUUGGCACUGUGUUCUAUCUUCCUCACUAAGCUUUCUCCACCACUCACCAGCAGUCACAAUCAUGGUUUGGAGAGGAGGCAUUGCGUCAGUGAUGUGAAAAUGUGAAAAAUUGGUAUAAUAUUCCACAUACAGAUAACAUGGACACACUGAAAGCAAGUCAUGCAUUGUUAGCCCAUUGAUAGAGUGACAUGUAAUGCCAAUGCCAUGAUUGGUGAUGUUGUUGUACUCUGCAUUUUCAUUGGCUGAAGCAUUUCAAAGUCAAAACUUUGCUUUGUGUUGCCAAAAACAAAAACAGAGACAAAAAGGGGUCAAGAUUUGGUUUGGUUCAAAGACAUGAGUGUCUCCUAGUCACCAGCCAAAUUGACCACAUUCCACAAAUUAGGCCUUAGAUGAUAUUAUAGAAUAUUUU